AUGAAAAAGAAUUCAGAGUUAGUCGGGAGGGAGCAGGGUUUGGUGACUCCCCCUCCCCUCGCCGCCCGAGAUAAGACCCAAAAAGCCACAAACUGUAUCGCGAAAAGAAGUCAGUCCAUCUACAAGCCCUCAACAAUGACGGCUUCCAAAGAUGAAAAGCAGCAGACACCAGAUGAGAGCGUCACUGCUAAAGAGACCAAGAAGCACAAGAAGAAAGCGGAUAACUGGAGACCCCUGGGCCCUCGAGACCCAUUUGCCAUGCUGAACGCACUGCCAGAAGAGAAGCAGCAAGAAAUCCAAAGGGCAUUGCACCUCUUUAAUUUAGGUCCAACUCUGCCCAGGACGCUGGAGCAAGCAAAGAAACAUCAAUACCACUUCUGGGACACACAGCCGGUCCCGAAACUUGGUGACACUAUUUCGAGUCACGGUCCAGUAGCAGACGGAGAGCGCCGGGUCCGUGCAGAACCGUAUUCUCUGCCCCAAGGCUUUUCAUGGGACACUCUGGACCUCAGCAGCGCAGCAGUGUUGAAAGAGCUUUGUACUCUUCUGAAUGACAAUUUCACAGUGGAGGACGACAAUACGCUCAGACUGGACUUCACAGAGGAGUUUCUCAAGUGGACUUUGCAGAGCCCACAGUGGCUGCCCCAGUGGCACUGCGGUGUCAGGGUCGAUUCUAACAAGAAGCUGGUGGGUUUCAUCGCAGCAGUUCCUACAGACCUCACCGUUUAUGCCAAGGAGAUAAACAUGGUACAGGUGCGACUCCUGUGCGUCCAUAAGAAACUGCGUCAGAAGAGGAUGACUCCGGUUCUGAUCCGGGAGCUGAGCCGGCGGGUGGCCCAGCGGGGGGUCCAGCAGGGGCUCUACAGCGCUCAUGUGGUCCUGCCCACUCCUCUGUCCACCUGCAGUUACUGGCAUCGUUCCCUGAAUACCAGAAAACUGAUGGAGUUGAAGUAUCCCGGAGUGAGGCAGGACAUAGCGGUGCAGAGAGCCGUCAAACUGAACAAACUCCGAGAUGCGACAAAAACAGCAGGACUGCGAGCCAUGACCAGAGCAGACAUCCCAGCGCUCCACUCUCUGCUCCAAUCCAACAAGUCUAAGUUUGACCUCAGCACCAACUUUUCUGUUCAGGGAGUAGAACACUGGCUGCUUCCAAGGGACAGACUGACCUUCUCAUAUGUGAUCCAGGGGGAGGAUGGCGGUCUGAGCGGUGCCUUCAGCUUCUUCUCUCUGAGCUGGGAGGUUCUGAAUGAUCCACAGCACUUGGAGCUGAGGGAGGCGCAGCUGCUGUUCUGCCUGUGUCCGUCUGCAGACCUGAAGGACGUCAUGGAGGAUGCACUGGUCCUGGCUAAAGCGAAAGGCUUUGACGUCUUCACAGCUUUAGACGUCAUGGACAACAAGACGUUUUUGGAAAAUCUCAAGUUCAACAUGAGCGGGAAGAGAACGCACACUUACCUAUACAACUGGAAAUGCCCGACUGUAAAUCCAGACAAGGUCGGAUUUGUAUUACCCAUCUAA